UCUUUCCUUUCGGCGCUGGAGUCGUUUUGAACACACAUUGCUCUCCUUAAAACCCUCCGAUUUUCCCCUCUGAAGAAGAAGAAAGAGAGAGAAAGAGCAUCAUCAACAAGAAGAAGAAGAUCAGGAACAUACUCCGGCUAUCCGGGGUACCUUUCCUCCAUUCCACCACGCUCAAUCAUCUCCUUUCCUUCAUUAUUUCCAACCAGAUUUGCAUCAUUUCUUCAAACCCACCAAUUUUACUGUAAAUCUCAUCUCUUCCUUCCAGCAUUUUCACACAAACAAUGGCGGACGAGAAAAAGUACAUUACUUUACUAGAACUCAGCAAGCACAACGAACCUGGAGAUCUAUGGAUCUCGAUUCAAGGAAAAGUAUACAACGUGACUGAUUGGGUGAAAGAACAUCCCGGCGGUGACAUUCCCCUCCUGAAUCUCGCCGGACAAGAAGCGACUGACGCUUUCAUCGCCUUUCAUCCACCAACCGUCUGGCACCGUCUUGAUAAAUUCUUCACAGGCUACCAUCUCAAAGAUUACGAGGUAACUGAGAUCUCAAAAGACUAUCGUCGUUUGGCUUCGGAGUUUUCUAAAGCAGGUUUGUUCGAGAAAAAGGGACACGUUGUGAUACAAUCUCUAUCAUUCGUUUGUAUUCUAUUCAUGUUAUCGAUCCGUGGUGUUCUUUUUCACGAUGGGUUCUGGAUGCAUAUGCUUUCUGGAGCAAUGUUAGGUUUCGCUUGGGUUCAGGUUUCUUACCUAGGACAUGAUUCAGGUCAUUAUAAUAUGAUGACAAACAGAAGAUUCAACAAAGUAGCACAGAUUCUUUCUGGUAACUGUUUGACUGGAAUAAGCAUGGCUUGGUGGAAAUGGACGCACAACGCUCAUCAUAUCGCUGUUAACAGCCUCGACUACGAUCCUGACCUACAGCAUCUUCCUGUAUUCGCCGUUUCUACAAGCAUUUUCCAUAACAUCACAUCGAAAUUCUACGACCGUGAACUGACAUUCGAUCCAAUUUCAAUGUUCAUGGUUAGUUAUCAACACAUCACAUUCUAUCCUGUUAUGUGUGUAGGGAGAAUCAAUCUGUUUAUACAGACAUUUUUGCUGUUAUUCUCCAAUAGAAAAGUACCAGACAGGGCUUUGAACAUAUUGGGUAUUCUUGUAUUCUGGACUUGGUUUCCUUUAUUCGUAUCCUACCUUCCCAAUUGGACAGAAAGGUUUCUUUUCGUUCUGAUAAGCUUCACAGUCACAGCUAUUCAGCAUAUCCAGUUCUGUUUGAACCAUUUCUCAGCUGAUACCUAUGUUGGUCCUCCUCGAGGAAAUGACUGGUUUGAGAAGCAAAUGAGUGGAACUAUUGAUAUCUCUUGCUCGACUUGGAUGGAUUGGUUUCACGGCGGUCUACAGUUCCAGCUUGAACAUCAUCUCUUUCCUCGAUUACCCAGAUGUCAAUUGAGGAAGAUCUCACCUUUGGUGAGAGAUUUAUGCAAGAAACACAAUCUUCCUUACAACAGCUUGUCUUUCUAUGAUGCCAACUGCCAGACUAUUAGGACGUUGAAGAAAGCUGCAAUGGAAGCUAGAUCUUUGCUUUGGGAGGCUGUGAAUACUCAUGGCUGAGAAUCUGAGGAACUUCUGGUUCAAGUAUAUCUAUUUUGUUCCAUUUCUCUAAUGUUGAGUUUCUCUAUGACUCCCCUUGUUCAUCAAUGAAUACAUCUUUUUUCAAAAAAUCAAAAAAACAAAAAAUGUUCCUAGGAUAUUUUCAUUGUGAACCCUUAUACAUAUCUGUCUUGAGACUGCAGUAACUUAUAUUUAUUUCUUAUAAUCUGAUCUGAUUGUGUUUAUAUU